AAAUUUCUCUUUUAGUUCGAACAAGGCCGUGAACUGUGAAGUAGUUCGGACGGAAUUCUCGCUCGAAAGUCAUAAGAAAAAAAAAACAUAACAUUUUUGGUUAAGAAUCACUUCCAAAUCGAAUGCUGUACCCAUACACCUAUUUAUGUCAAAGUGAUGCAAAUUCAUUUUGACAGUUGUUUGACAGAAAUCUGGAAAUAAAAACAAAUUGCUAUUUGUUAUUAAACAAAAAGUAUCGCGCGUAUUUAUCGUUGUUUUGUGUGUUCGGUUGUAUCGUUCGUCGUCCAUGACGUUACAUAAAUCGGGAUUCAUUAAUUAUUUAAAAAGCUAUACAGCACUUUUACCAGAAACAAGCACUCUGAAUAUCCUUAAACCUGAAUAUCCUCCUCGGUCCUCGCCAUCACCAUCGCCAUCGCUAUCGUCAGAUAUAACUUGUGUUGUGAGUACGAGUACGAGGCUGGAGUCGGAGUGCAAAAUAUAGCUCCAGUUUCCAGGGAACAAACCAGAGCCAGAGGUACAUCAUACGAAAAUAGAUUAAAUGAGUUUCUGUUCGUUCCGUGUUCUGUUAACGUUCUAAAAUCGUAAAAUCGAUGCGCGUACGUGAUUGUGUCAUGUGAAUUUCAGUGUGAAAAAUAAGAAAAUGGAAAAUAAUUUCAUCUUGAUAUAGUUUUGGAAUUCAAGAAAUAAAAGAUAAGAAAAUAAAAAAUCAAGAAAGAAAAUCGGGUCGAAUCGAGGAGAAACGAUUUGUGAUUUGUGUGCCAAAGGAUAUUCUACUCUACUCUAUUCUGUUUGUACGCAAGGAUCUCCCUUCAUCAUUGUUCGUCGUAUUUUUUGGAUACCAAAAUAUGUUGUAAACGUCAGAAAAAAGGAAUUGGAAUGACUUCCUUACUCGGGCUCCGGGCUUAGACCUACAACUCUUCUAGUGAAUAACCCCAUACACUACUCACGGAACUCCAAAGAGCACACUGCACUAGCAAAGAAGGACGAAAGAUCGGAUUGCCGUCGGGAUAAUAAUACGAUUCAUAGGAUGCACAUACGCCAUAGUGAACGCUACUGCUGUAUGGGACGUAUUCAGCGAACGGUAUUGUGGAGUGGCCGUGUAACUUUUUAAUGACAAAAAUGCGGUUACCUAGUGGUGGGGCAGAGGAUUACAGGAAAAAAUAAAAAUAAAAAUAAUAAAAAAAAAACACGAGAGGAGGGUGGGGUGAGCGAUAGCGUAACGACGACGACGACGACGGCUACGAAAACUACGAGAAGGUUUUUCAACUCGAUUGCUGUUGAUAUAGAGUGCGCAUUCAGAGGAGCAGUGGGGCACGAAGGGCUUAAUUACUGGAGCGUUAAGGAUUCAUCUGGAAAAGAGAUGAUUUCUUUUGUGAAAAUUACUUGCUCAACCCUGGUUUUGGUAUUGCUGGCAAUCAAAAUCGGAAACGCUUGCAGAGUUUCGGAGUUCCCGUGCCGUGGCAGCAGUGUGUGUGUGCCAUUGGAUAAGUAUUGUGACGGAAAGGACGAUUGCGGGGAUGCUAGUGACGAGCCAAAAUAUUGUACUGUUUGUAAUCGAACAUACUACGGAGACGUGGGGAGGACAUAUUCCAUAAAAGUGCCGACACCACAAUGGAAUAAGCUGCCUUUUCUGUGCCACUUGACAUUCACAGCAUCCGGACAUGAUCAAGGAGACAUUGUUCAGAUUAUAUUCGAUGGAUUUACAGUGGGACGUUUCGAUGAGGGUUUGGUCGAUUCGGAUAUUGAUGGAUUCGAUUCAAAUUUUAGUCCAUCGGGCGAGCUCCCAGGAUGUCCCGAAGGAUUUAUGCAGCUUAGCGAGUUGGGUCGUCCUUUUACAGGCGGUUCGUGGUGUGGAAAAGCAACUGGGCCACAACUCUACUUUAGUGAAACAUCAACAGUGACAGCAUCCGUAAAGGUAUUCCACCCGCCAAGGAACAUGCAGGACGAGAAGCCUUUUGAAUUUAAUAUAAGAUACAAAUUUAUAAGUCAGUCCGACGCCGUAGUUCGAUAUGGACUACCAGAUAAGCUGCUAGAACUCGGACGUGUUACACCAGGCACAUAUUGUACGAGACAAUUUGAUGAGUGCUAUAGGAAGAAGUGCCGCCUGCAAAGUCCAAAUUAUCCUGGAAUGUAUCCAAGAAAUGUCACUUGUUAUUGGACAAUUCGCCAAAAAGAAGUUCCUACAUGUAAACAUGCCAUGAUAUCUGUUAGUCAAGAGAAUCAACAUAAAGCUUUAGUUAAGAGGUCAAUAGCAAGUUUUAACAAAACAUCCAGGUCGAUACGUGCCUGGUCGGAUUGCACUGGUGAACGGGACCACUUGAUAUUCUACGAUGGAAGUUCGACUAAUGAUCCAGUCCUUGCAAAAUACUGCGGCGGUGAUUGGUUACCUAAAGUCGUAUCCCGAGGAAACGAGAUGCUGGUGGCAUUCCAUUCAAGUCCUUUUUCUGCCCCAUUGCAACAGGGAAUACCCAAUAGGGGAUUCGAAUUGGACGUGGAUAUUCUUUUUACAGACUCCGAUUCUUAUGAUUUUGCCCAAGGAACGAAGAACAUUUGCGAAUUUCACAUAAAUGCCUCAAACCCGGAUGAUGUACUAUUUUCUCGUCGUGGAAGGAUGGGUCGGAUUGUGAGUCCCCGUCAUACACUUCCGCCGAAUACGACAUGCACCUACCACUUCCAUGGAUAUCCUGGCGACCUGAUUUGGUUAUCUUUUACAAGCUACAAUCUGCAAAUACUCCAGCAAGCAAUACACGAUAAUAAUACACUAGGAAGGGCCGACUUGCCUCCCUGGAUAACAAGACUUCGAAUGUGGGACAGUUAUGGGACAUAUGUACCAAUAAAGAUGACAACCACUACGACCACAGUGCCGCCCCAUUCUUCUUCGACAUCACAGCAAGGCAAAUACAAUAGCAACAACAACAACAACAAUAACAAUGUCGUUAACCAAACAAAUAAUUACGGAAGCUAUUACUACAGCCCGCAAAAUCCCAAGUUCGGUAAGAACAUUCGCGUUAACAUAGACAAUGCCUGGAAUCCAGUCGACACAUACAUCUACGGACCCACCCAGUCCAGUAUAUUUAACCAAGAAAACAAAUACGGUGGCUACUUGCAACAGCAGCAGCAGAAGUUUCCGGGAGGUGGCGCUGCCUCCGGCAAUGGGCUGACAAGCGUCAAGGAGAGUCUCAACUACAUCGCCAACACUAGGUUCGAUAAGAACUCCAAAGAUGCAAUGGGGGUGGAGAUUAAGGGUGCAGCAGCUUCUGGUGUUGGCACAUCGGCAUCGGGAGGGAGCGGCAGUGGAGGCAUUGGCAAAAAUAAACGACGGCUUAUGCUCGAAAUUUAUGACUACGAAACACCAAAAUUAUGCGAUCACACUGCCAUAACAAGCAUCGGAGGACAUAAACUCCGACCGUGCAGCCCGCUGGAGAGCUACGUCAGUGCCGGAAGAGACUUGAAAAUUGAAUUCCACACCCAUACCGGAACCGCACUUUUUCCAGCCACCUUUUCGCUUAACUACGAGUUUGUCGAUACCGAGCAGGGCGGUGAGCUGUGGCCUGGGCGACGAGGCGAGGACCCUGUGCCUCAGCUCUGCUCAAGGAUAUUCCGCAAACGCAAGGGCAACGUACAAGUGCCACGAAACGUCUUCCUAUACGGCCGUGGCGGAGCCAAGAACCUAACUUGUUUGUACAGAUUUGAGGCUGGUGUGUCGGAGCGUGUUAAACUCGUACUUCACAAUGUGUCGUUUGGUGAGGGCACAGCUUGCACCACUGACUCCGACCUACACACUGGAAGGCCAAAAUGCAAUCAAAUUGACCCGGACGGUCGCAUCACCGAGCUCAAGCUCUACGAUGUGCCAUUCCGGGACGUGAAGAUACCGCUCGGGUGUUUCUGUGAUAACACCAGUGCCCUGUACAAUGCGCCGCUAACAUUUAUAUCGAAUUCGAGAAUUAUGGAAUUGUCGUUCACAGUGACUCGCCUAAACAUUUCGGAAGACUUUGCCGAUGUGUACUUCUUUGCGUCGUACGAAUUCAAGCGUGUGCCGGAAUGCCGCAAACGUUUGAAAUUGAAGGGCUCCGGCGGAGAGGACGAAAUCAAAUAUCCACUCAAGUCACAGGAUUCUAGCUGUGAGGGCCUGUCAUGGUACAUCGAGGGACAACAGCUCGAACGAAGCCUAUUCGUCCAGACGUGGGGCUCGUAUCUGCCAGUCGAUCCGACAUCGGAGGAUGCCAUGCGUUGCCAUACCAAGAAUCGAUUGAUGAUUUACUCCGGCCGGCCGUUAAAAGUUAUGCGAGUUAUAUGUCCAGCACAGAGCGGUCCUCGGCCGACGUCGCUGCACAUAUUCUCAGAGGACUGGGCCAAUGGUCAACCGCUAUUCACAAAUAAACCUGUUAGUCUUGUACUUGAACCUAUACUUAAAGAACCCGGCGACAUAGCAUUCACAUGGCUGGAAAUACAUCGCACAAGGAUAGCACUUUUACAGCAACUGGACCUACAAGGAAAUACAUCUACAUCCGGAAAUGAUACACUCGGUGAAUUUGGACUCUAUCCAAGGGAAUCGGAUUGUGAAUACAAAUGUCCUGAAAUUGAUGCAUGCAUUGCUGCAAACUUGUGGUGUGAUGGUCACACAAAUUGUCCAUCAGGUUUUGAUGAAUCCGAAGAGGAAUGCGGAACAGCACGUAAGCUGCUGGAAUUACCCGGCGGUGUAUUUGCAGCCUUGGGUUGCAUAGCGGCGGCUAUAACUGCCUGUUUAAUAUUCUGCAUAUUUGGUUUAGUGAGAAAACGUAAAAAAUCUGUCGUUCAAAAAACGAUACUCAAUGGAACACUGAAAAAGGACAUCAAAAAGGAUUCGCUAUUUAUCGAUCCGGCCUCCUGACACGGGCUUCAGCCGGUCGAGUAUAUUCACGUCGACCGGGAGACAACUGUGUGAUAUGUUGUAUAAAUAUGUGUGUAACAUAACAAACAAAAAUUACAUCAAUUAUUACAUUUAAAUACGUAUAUAAAAUUCAUAUAUUAUAUUCAUAUACAUUAAUUUUUUUAAUUAUUAUUUAAUUUUAUUAUUUAUUAUUUUAUUUUUCGAUGAUGAUGUUGGUGAUGAGUCGACGAUGAAUCGCCAUGAAAAUUGUGAAAUCAAAGGACAAAAACUGAAAAAGAAUGGUUAUGUUUUUGUUUUAUAAUUUAAACGACACACAAUCACUGCCUUAAAUUAUAUAAAAUAUUUUCUUUUAAUUAUUAACAUUUUUAAAAUAAUAAUUUCAAGUAAAAAUAGAUUUAAUUUUACAUAAACAUACAAUUUUCAAUUAAUACUUCCAUAAAUCUAUUAUUUUUUAUCUAUUUGUUUAUUUAUUUAUUUAUUUACUUUUUGUUAACAUAGUUAUUAAGGUAGAUAAGAACAUUGAAUGAUAGAGAGACAGAGAAAAAGAAUUCAGAGAUGAAAAAACUAUUGUAAAUUAGGUACCUUCGAAUUAAAUAUAUAUAAAAAUAAAAACAAUUAAAUUAAAUGAAAAAAAAAAAUUAGUAGGUAUACAAAAAUGAUAAUUCUAUACAAGUGUAUAUAAAUAAAAAAAAAAAAACAAAAAUUAAGUUAUAAACUAAGCGCAUGUAAUUGAUAGUACAGUUCUAUGAAAUCUCGAGAGUGUUGUGAUGAAAUUUCACAUAAAGUUGUUAUAUUAAAAAAAACACAUACUUACAUUUAGGAUAAAAGGUUUUUUUGCUACCUAUUAAAAUGUAUUUAAGUUUUUAGAUAAGAAUACUUUUGAUUUUAUGCAAUGGUCUCCAGCCGUAGAAAAAUAAAAGAUCUGGUUUUAUUUUUUUGUGGACAAAUUUUGUUUUGCAAAGUUUUUUUUUAUUCAACUAUAUUGUUUUAAUAGGUUUUUUAAGAAAACCAUAAUUUAGUCCCUAGGAAAUGAACACUUAAUUUCACAAAUUUGGACUUCAAUGUGAAAUGGUAUGUUACAAUUUUUGCUAGACAAGCUUACAAAUGGGUAGCUGAUAGUCGCUAUAGUUCUGACAAAACCACUGCAUAAGCUUUUCCAUUUGUCCUAUUCUACAGGUCUCUUUCCAAGUGGCUGGAAAACAGCAUUUAUCGACCUUGUCCUUAAAAAAACGAUAAUCUUUUUCACCCUCUUACUAUCGUCGAAUUGAACUUACGUCCGUUCUUUC